UCUGGUUCCGCUGGUGCAAAACUAUCAGGUAUCGCCGGUAGCGUCCCAGCCUAGGGACUAUCAUGCGAGAAAGCAGACAACUACGAGACCUUAUGUGGUACAUCAACUCAGCGAAGCAACACAGAGUAUACCACCACCACCAUCAUCAUCAUCAUCACAGCAAUCACCUGCCACUACCAAAUCACAGGUGAAGUACCAUGCUCCGCUCCGGCCUGUGUUUUUUUUCUUCUCCUAGGUUCUUAAGUUCACUGUCUCAUUCCCACGCAGACCUAUUAUGUGAGACAGAACCAACCAAAGAACCCAAUAUUUAUGAGCAACACAGAGCAUAUCACCACCACCAUCACAGCAACCACCUGCCACUAUCACGAUAUCCGACCCGCGACGCCAAGUUCGAUCACCUAAAGCGUGUGCGCUCAAGCCUGUUUGUUCUCCUUUUAGAUUCUUUUCACUGUCUCAUUUUCACGCAGAGGAACUAUCAUGCGAGAAAGAAGACAACUACGAGACCCGAUACUUAUGCCAUACAUCAACCCAGUGAAGCAAUCCAGAGCAUGCCACCACCAUCAUCACAGCAACCAUCUGCCACUAUCACGAUAUCCGACACGAUUCCCGCAGUUGCCACCACCGCAUUAGCGACUGGAACACCAUCGCACCUUGAUAUCACCAUAAAGCGGGCUGGAUGGUGGACUCGGUUCUUGCUAUGGAUUAGUUGCGUGUCCAUUCAGUACACGGACAGUCAACAUUAGGCCCUAGGGAAGAUAGAUAGCGGAUUUUAUGCGUCGUUUUGACAUUCUGUAUCCUCCCAUGCCAUGGCUCUCAUGUGCUCCAUCAUUUGUACUGUAUCUUUUUUAUCCUUCCUGCUAUCUACCUUUUUCGCGCUGAACAAUCUUGUUUAGUACCUGCAUGAAUUUCAACCUCAGCC